AUGGACCUGGCUUCGCGGGUGGUGUCAGCCGUCACCCGUGCCGCCGAGUCACCCGAAAUGACGAAGCCUCCUAGGAUAGGCAUGGUGGUCGAUGUUUCCGACGCGAAAUUCAUUGGCGGCUUCAUUCCAUCCCUGGUGGAGAGGCAACUAUACCCGUAUUCACGUCCGGAGUUCCUCUACUUCUCGGAGGACGAGGUCCUUCUUUCUGCCGAUCAACGAGUUCGCCCCGUGUUGUGUCCAAAAUAUUCAUCCAGGAUGCCUCUUUAUGCUGGUUACGCUGAAGUUAUCAAUGCAGGGAAGACGUUAAAAAACGAAGAUCAGGCCUCAGCAAGAAUUAUGACUCUUCUGCAACAAGGUUGUGAUGCUGAACCAUCGCAAUUGGCAGCAGGUUCAAGAGUUGAAGCCGCUUUCUUUGCCAUAUUCGAUGGACAUGCCGGAACUGGAGCAGCUUUGGUUGCUGCUCGUUGUUUGCAUGAACACGUGAAGGCUCGAUUAAGUGAAGUGCUGGAAUUGAUCUUACAGCUGGAUCGAAGUGAAACGCUUCUGUCUGGAAGAUCACGUUCAGAUUCGUCCUACAGUAUCUCUAAGGUACAGGUGGAGGCUGAGUCAAUCCGAUGUGACGAACUAGUGAUCGGCGCUUUAGAAGGAGCCUUUGUAGACAUGGAUUCUCAAAUUGCUGAAGACAAGCAGACCUGGAGAAUCAGUGGUGGAUGUGCCGCCAUAGCAGUACUUGUACUGCUAGGAAAACUGUAUGUGGCAAAUGCGGGUGACUGUCGAGCUGUGCUGGCGACGGAGAAGAGUUCGCGACCACUUAGUUCCGACUUCACUCCCGCUACUGAACGAAAGAGACUGCAAAGCCUUGCAUAUCAGAACCCCGAGCUUAUUGGUAACUGCUUCUCUCGUUUGGAAUAUUCCCGACCAUUGACAAAGAAAGAUCUGAAGACAAAGGUUCUCUACAGGGAUUGGUUCAUGGAUGGUUGGGCUUCAAAAACAGUCAAGGAAAGCGAUCUGAGGCCUCCGUUGAUCAGCCAGUCGUCAAAAAAGAGACGCCUCUUGAACACCAUUGGAGUGUCUCGAGGCUUUGGAGACCAUCAUUUGUUCACGAUGGACGAUCACCUACCUAUUAAGCCUUUCCUCUCUUCCGUUCCGGAGGUUCAAGUUUACGAUUUACGCAAGCUGGACGUUCUAACGGAUAAAGACGUUCUUAUCAUAGCAUCGGAUGGUCUAUGGGACGUUUUGAGUAACGAAGAUGCUGGUCUUAUCGUUCGCUCAUCAUUAUCGGCAACUGAACAGAACGAACAGUCAAGGUACAGCAUGGCUGCCCAAGAACUGGCUAGUGCUGCGAGAGGUUGCCCAAGUGGGAGUAAUGGUCACCGAUGGAUGAUGAGCAGUGGAGGUAGCGCUUCUACGGACGAUAUAACCGUGACAAACACGAGGUGCUAUUUUAUUUCUUUAUUUACGUACAAGCCGGCGGAUUUCGCCUUCCUCAGAGCCUGGAAAGGUUAA